AUGGUCGCCUGUAUAGUUCUGCAAACUACGAUAGAACCGAUGCAGGAACCCGAUUGGGAUAAGUUUGGUGGCGUCGUGGAUUCGGCCUUUGAUGACGGACACAUUCCCGAGACCAUCAAGGCCGUUUCCUCCUCGUCCCAUCCCAACUAUUCUGGCACGCGCCUCGUGACUUACCCUCGUUUUCACCGAGAUCGAUCAGCUCAAGUUCAAGUGGUAGACAACGCUGUCAGUGAAGAGCUUGCUGAUGCUUUAUAUCAGCGAACGGUUCAAGAAGGCCAGCCCUGGGGGACGUAUGUAACCAUGAACGACAUUCGGAGCCAACGACCCGCAAGCCCACAACGAGAAAGCGGUUUGUCGAUUGACGAGUUGGCCUUGCACGCGGCUACGACGUUUCUCACGGCGGCGAUGCAUCCCGAACUCGCUACAGAACGAUAUCACGCAGAUGCCAAUCCGGCGAGCCCGAACAAAGACAGGUCAUCAACAUCGAUGUCGUCCUUGUGGACUACAGACGACAGCAAUCUGGCGCACGGCGUGGCGGUUUGGGCCCUGGCUGCUGACGAAGGAUCGCAGGUACCGUAUCACAUCGACUAUGCCGAGCAAAUUCGAUACGAGUCCAACACAAUUGUGGUGCCUGUUUUGGCCGGUACUUUACAAUGUAGUCGCGUCAAUUGUGGAAUGCUGGGAGGGGAUUACGCUGUACACUUGAAUGGCUUGGAUCACUACCACAAACACGGAUACAAGGGUGCGAAAAGCCCGGUUUCGAUUACCAGUUUUAUAAGUAGUGCUUCUCUCGGGUGUGAGGAUGACAAAAAUUGGAAGGUAAUCCCGUACCGAUUCAACAGGAUGAUUUGUCAGUCUGGCCAUUUGCCUCAUUUGAGUACCAGGAUCGAAUCCAUAGGGGAAAGUGAUACUUCUGUGACGGGUUUGUACGUCAAGCUCCAACGUGUUAUUGUCGGCUUCAAUGUGUUCCUCCGCGACGUCGGUGCCGCGGUUCGGGAAGCCCCGGAGCACUCUGCAGCAUUUCGACAGCGCGUCCAAGAACGUCAGCGACAGAGACGACCAGUCAUACAGAAACAGCAGCCGGCCCAGACACUAUCAUUCGAUAUGAUUCGCAAAAAUCCUAAGCUGGCCAAUCUGUUAAUUUUGGCCAAGCGACAAAGAAUAAAGGAAGACCUGGGCAAGGCUCAAGCUGUGCUGGACAAACAAAUUAUUGAAAUGUUGCUCAACUGCACAUUUACGUCGGGCUAUCUCACGAUCUCGUACAUAAUGGACCAUUGCAGCAAACAGGAUGGCGCUUGGCCAAAUCCAACCGAUGUUUUCGUCCAUGGUCUGAACUUCUGUAAGGGAAGUUUAUCCUUUCAGGUAAUCUCUAUAUUCAGUUUUUCUUUACUUCAAAGUUUCAAAGCACCCGAUGUCGUUUUCACUGGUUUGAGGCUAAAAGAAAUAAUUAGUUUAAACCAACCUGUUCUUGUUGUUGGUAUUCAUCCGCAUCUUGUUGUCGCUGUUGUUACCCAUUCUAGCUCGCGUGCUCUUCUCAGUUCGAUCCUUGUUGGUGCUUUUUCCGGGACGCAAUUUGUUAGCGAGCUCGCGCCUUUCGGCGUCUGGAGACUUGGCGGUAUCUCGGUUGUUGGUCUCCAUCCGCAUCUUGGUGCCGUUGUUGUUGCCCAUUCUAGCUCGCGUGUUCUUCUCACUUCGAUCCUCGUUAGUGCUUUUUCCGGGACGUUUUUUGUUAGCGAACUCGCGCCUUUCGGCGUCUGGCGACCUGGUGGUGUCUCGGUUGUUGGUCUUCAUCCGCAUCUUGUUGUUGUUGUUGUUGUUGUUGUUGUUGCCCAUUCUAGCUCGCGUAUUCUUCUCAGUUCGAUCCUUGUUGGUGCUUUCUGGGCGUUAUUUGUUAGCGAACUCGCACCUUUCGGCGUCUGGCGACUUGGCGGUAUCUCGGUUGUUGGUCUUCAUCAUCUUGUUGUUGUUGUUGCCCAUUCUAGCUCGCGUAUUCUUCUCAGUUCAAUCCUUGUUGGUGCUUUCUGGGCGCAAUUGUUAGCGAGCUCGCGCCUUUCGGCGUCUGGAGACUUGGCGGUAUCUCGGUUUGCUUUUUCCGGGACGUUUUUUGUUAGCGAACUCGCGCCUUUCGGCGUCUGGCGACCUGGUGGUGUCUCGGUUGUUGGUCUUCAUCCGCAUCUUGUUGUUGUUGUUGUUGUUGUUGUUGCCCAUUCUAGCUCGCGUAUUCUUCUCAGUUCGAUCCUUGUUGGUGCUUUCUGGGCGUUAUUUGUUAGCGAACUCGCACCUUUCGGCGUCUGGCGACUUGGCGGUAUCUCGGUUGUUGGUCUUCAUCAUCUUGUUGUUGUUGUUGCCCAUUCUAGCUCGCGUAUUCUUCUCAGUUCAAUCCUUGUUGGUGCUUUCUGGGCGCAAUUGUUAGCGAGCUCGCGCCUUUCGGCGUCUGGCGACCUGGCGGUGUCUCGGUUGUUGGUCUUCAUCAUGUUGUUGUUGUUGUUGUUGCCCAUUCUAGCUCGCGUAUUCUUCUCAGUUCGAUCCUUGUUGGUGCUUUCUUCGGGACGCAAUUUGUUGGCGAGCUCGCGCCUUUCGGCGUCUGGCGACUGGCGGUAUCUCGGUUGCGAUAUCGAAUUUAAAUAUAAACAACUAUUUGGGAAUUCCAGCAGUAACAAAACGAUCCUUGUCGUUAAUACAACUUCUUGUCCCUAA